CCCCUCUGAUUCCUGUUGCAGAUAAACUUGGGGCUGCCUGUCUGAAACCGUGACAUUGCUGUGGUCCUGCUGGCUGCUGCGUGACGGGCACCGACUCCUUCACUCUGGUGACCUGGGACAAACCACACGUGGAUAGCAGCCAGACCCCUCCACUUCCCGCUGCCACAGCAGCCACAUCCCGGAGAUAGGAUCCCAGAGGGGACCUCCUCCCGGCCGGGGGUGGGACUGGAGGCACCGCGGGGGUGUCAGCACGGCACGUCCCCAACACCCGCGGCACCGUGCCGAGGGAGCUGCUGCACCAGGCACCACCGCACACGGGAUUGCUGUGGAGAACAAGCCAACCCUGCCGUGCACAGUCCCCUGAAACCCGGCAUGGCUUCCUCCAUGCGGAGCCUGAUGGCCGACCCCAGCAGGUACCUCCGGUCCUUCCGCGUCUUCCUGGCGAAGUCGACCGAGCACCAGUGCAUGCAGGAGUUCGUAGAGCGGCAGCUGCCCACCGUGCUGGCGAGCAUUGGACAUGGGAAGCCUGCAAUCAAUAUACUAAGCGUUGGUGGCGGAGCAGGAGAGAUUGACCUGCAGAUCCUCUCAGCUGUACAAGGCAGAUAUCCAGGGGUCACCAUCAACAACGAGGUGGUAGAGCCAAGUGCCGAACAAAUCCUCAAGUACAAAGAGCGUGUGGCGGCGACAUCAAACCUUGAGAAUGUAAAGUUUACCUGGCACAAGGAGACAGCUUAUGAAUAUGAAAGUCGAAUGAACGCAGAAAAGAAGUCUAAAAAAUGGGACUUCAUUCACAUGAUUCAGAUGCUGUAUUAUGUGAAAGAUGUCCCAGCAACUAUCCGGUAUUUCCACAGCCUCCUGGAAGCACAGGCAAAGCUCCUCAUCAUCGUGGUGUCAGAAAACAGUGGCUGGGAAACACUGUGGAAGAAGUACGGAUCUUCCUUGCCUUUAGAUGAUCUCUGCAAAUAUGUGUCCUCUGCUGAUAUCAAAAAGAUGCUGGAUUCAGCCGGGUUGAAGUACCAGCUCCAUGAGCUCCCAUCCAACAUGGACAUAACCAGCUGCUUUACCGAAGGGGACGAGGAUGGGGAGCUGUUGCUGGAUUUCCUGACAGAAACAUGUGACUUUUCUAAAACUGCUCCUCCUGAGCUAAAGCAUCAGAUAAUGGAAGAAUUAAGAAAGCCUGGAUGCAGCGAAAAAAGAAAUGGGAAGGUGCUUUUUAAUAACAACCUGAGUGCAAUUGUGAUUGAGCCCUGAAUUAACACUUUUUUGUUUCUGAAACAUUCUUUAUAAAUGGUUUAGUUUACUUCUACUUAGUUCACUUCUUGUAGCCUGUUAAGAAAUCAUUACUAACAUCUGUUGUUAUACGUGAACUUUAAUAGUGAGAUUAAUUCUGUACUAAUCUAUGAACCUGUAACUCGGCAGUAAAUUGUGCUUUAUCAUAUGGAUGUUGUGUAAUCAGAUGUAAGUCCGACCAUCAAUUCAAACGCUGCAGAAACCAGACCACUUCCUCUGGCUGAUGGAUAAGAAAUAGCCAUCAAUACAUGAUCAGGUCAUAUUCAUUUAAAAACUCUCUACAGACCAGAUACACAAUUUUCAACUUCUUAGUGACUCUUGUAAGACUUUGUAAAAGUGAUUUGGGUACCAGGUCCAUACUGGUACUGCAAGAGGGCAGGGUCUGAAGGUGGUUGUGGCACAGGAGUGGUAACAAUCACCCUCGAGAGGUGAAUUUUGCUGACAAGUCCUGAAGCAAAGCCUUGGUUAGGAAUCAGCUGCUGCAGUUACAGGGGCCUUUUCUUAUUUUUAAUUAAAUGAACAAACCAUCUGGUUGUAGCCUCUAACUAGCCUGGCAGCAAUGGCCGUGCAUGCCUUGUGAGAUUUCUAGCUUGGAAGAUGUAAAAAUAAACCCUGAAGCCAAGUGACAAGUUUCAGUGGGAUUUGUUGCUUUGCCAGCAGAGCCAUGUCAGGUUGGUCUGCCCGGCACACGGUGCAAGGGGUCCAGCAAGAAGGUGCUUCUCCUCCUCAGCCCCUUCUCUCAGUGGGGCUGUCUCUACUCUCGGAGCUGAUGCAUUUGUUUUGCUGAGUGAUUUCAUGGUUUUAAGAAGUGCUGUGCUCUCUGCGGGGCACAAUGCAUAAUGGAAUACAAUACAGUCGUUGAAUGACUUUAAUAGCUUGAAUACUCGGUGUAUCCAGUGAGACAGGUGUGAUUUCUGCCAUUGAAAGAAUUUGGUCCAGGGUAGAAAUGGUUUAUUCAGGCAAUGCUUUAGCAGCAUGAAAUGUUUUAGUUUUGCAUGUACAUUUCUGAAACAAUACAGAUUAUUGAAGACUUGAGGUGAUUUACAAGAGAAUGCAUCAGGCACUAAUAGCCAUUUAUAUUCAUUUCAGAGUGAAUUAUUUGGAACACACAAUUCUCCUGGUGAUCAAAUAUUAAUUCCAGUAUGUUUUAGAACAUUUCCACAAUAUUUCUCAGCUGUUGAGCCGAAGAAAAUCUAUUGCCACUUUUACACAGCCCUAUGCACAGAUUCUUGCAUUAGGAGACCUCGGCAUAUCUGUAAGCUGCUACUGUGAUGUGCCAGCGAGGGAGAGAAAGAAAAUCUCUCAUUAGGACAGAUUCCUGCUCGCAUUUCUAAUGGAAAGCACAUUAAAGUUCACAGUUAUUGCCAUAGCUCUUUUGUGUUGUCAACGACCUCUUGUUAAUGGUGCUUGUGGAGGCAGCGACCUCUGAAUAUUGCCACACAGCCCUGUCAGAAGUGACGUAUCUUGGGGAGGCACAGAAACGCCGUAACAAAAGGAAAAGCUGAAGUACAGCCAGCAACAGGAUGCACCUGCAUGGCCUGUUGUUUUAUGGUUUAACAGAGGUCAAAAACACCAGAAACAAAUGCUUUAGAGUUUUCUGGGGAGGUUUGUUCCAAAGAUUUGGCAAUGGUCCCACCUCUUGCCUGAGCAGGAGAAAGCAAGGACAACAAAGAGCAUCUGGGGAGAAAAGAGGAUGGUAUGGCCAGAAAAAAAAAAAAAAAAAAAAAAAGACAGAAAAAGCAGAUUCAAAGAAUGACAAAGGGAGUGUUUGCUGAGUGCAUGGCAUUGCAGGGGGGGGCUUUUUUAAAAGGAGAUUUUACUAGGGAAAAGGCACUUUCACCCCAAGCUGGAGAAUGAAACUCCUUAUCUACAUUUAGGAGGGCAUCCUCUGCCAUGACUUUGAACUGUAAGGACAACUUCAUUAAAAAGAUGAGGGUGGCGGUGGGAAAUGCAGCGAAGUCCAUUCUGCAUAUGCAGCUGCUUCUGUUGAGGGGCUGGGGAAAAACUGAAUUAGAAUAGCACCCUUAAGGGUUAUUUUAUUUUUUAUUUUAAAUUUGCAACACACACACUUCCAAGAAGUAAGUGCUGCAAGUAUUAUUUAGUAGGAAAUGAGUGUGCGGAAGUACAAUUUUAUGCUCAUUUGACCAUAAAAAAGAAGGAGUUUUUGUAAAUCUCUCAAACGACUUCAUAAUAGCCUGAAGAGCCACAUUUUCAUGCGAGAAUCACCCUUAAUUGUACAGCAAGAUGCUGCUGCUCCACAGCAUGUCUGGGGAGUCCAGACCCACUACGGACUUCAAUUUAUACGGCAAUUUUGAGCUUACCUGUAUGCUUUCCACACUGAAUUAGUUGUUUGCCUCCCCAAAAGCCCAUCUUAUCUCAUCCUGCAGAAAGUUCUUCCAAAGGCAUAUCUCCAGAUCUUGCUCUUUGCAAACCUGUGGAGGCCAACGGACUGGGUCUGCCUCACCCACACCCUUCUAAGGUGAAUGUAGACCUAUAGGGGGCAUUUAUGUGCAGAGGUUUACUGAGAUCAAUGGCCUUAAACUGGCAUAAAUCAGACUGAAACAAGAAGGGCAUCAGGCUACUUGUAUUAAAGAUACACCAGUAAGGAUCCUCCUGCAUAUUCUUUGUGCACGGAUAUCCCUUAUUCUGGCUGAAUAAGUUUUAGAUAUGAAAUGUAAACGUUUUACAGAAAUACGGCUCAGCAAACAUAACCCUUAACAUUGUAUCUGUACAUGCCGUUUGUCAGAGUUGGUUCUGAAAAAAUAAAUAAAUAA